AUGGCAGUCUCUUUUCCUCGUCUUCCGAGGUGGUUGUGUGGUGGCAACACUAAAGAGAGAGAGAAGAAAGAGUCAAUACCAAAGGGAUCUUCUUCGCUGAGUCCUUCACUUAAGAAGAGUAAGGCUGGUGGUUCCUCGGUGAAGAAGACGAAGAGAGGAGGAUGGAUUGGAAGAGGAGGAGGAGGAUCAGGAGGAGAGGAGGAGAAGAUGGGGAAUGUGGUGUUCCCUGAACCGGAUGAUCCAGAGUGGUCUAUUGGUUGGGUUGAGCCACAUGGACCAGGGUUUAAAAGUGAGGAUGAUAGUGGUGGGUUUGUGGUUCUGGUCCCUUGUUACAAGAAAGUGAUGGAUGGCUCAGGGAAUCAAAUUCCUAAUGGCUUCUUCUCUCCUACUGCUCCUGAUGGGAAGAAUAUGGAACAGUGGCUGUCGUCUAUGGGGAAGCUAUAA